GGCGGUGCUUGCCCUCUCGUAGUGUGAUAUUUUCACAGUCCGUCGGUCGAUGCCAGAGGGUUUGGGGAGGAAAAGACAAAAAGUAGUUUCCCCCCUCCUUUCUCUCCUCCUUUUUCUUACUAAUCCCGCCUCCUCCUCCGAGUUAGGAAGACUCUGGAUGCGUUUGGGUUGUCGCUAGGGUUUUUCUUUUUUCUUUUAAUACCUAGAAAAGGAAAAAACAGGAACCCUCGGAUCUGAUUUUUUUCGCUUCUCGUUCCUGUCCUUGGUUCUUACUGUGUUUGUGUAUUUUAACGGCGAGAAGAGGAGGGGAACUCGCCGGAUCCAUCCAUCGCUGUGGGUGGUUUUAAUUUUUCGUUUUUCUCCUAAUUUUUUUUUUUUAAAAGCAACAACCACUCUUCACAAUGAACAAACUGUAUAUCGGAAACCUCAGCGAGAACGCCGUUGCCUCGGACCUAGAAAGUGUCUUCAAGGACGCCAAGAUCCCGGUGUCGGGACCCUUCCUGGUGAAGACGGGCUACGCGUUCGUGGACUGUCCGGACGACAGCUGGGCCCUCAAGGCCAUCGAGGCGCUUUCAGGUAAAGUGGAACUGCACGGAAAACUCAUUGAAGUUGAGCACUCGGUCCCCAAAAGGCAGAGGAUUCGGAAACUUCAGAUACGAAAUAUCCCGCCUCAUUUACAGUGGGAGGUGCUGGAUAGCUUACUAGUCCAGUAUGGAGUGGUGGAGAGCUGUGAGCAAGUGAACACUGACUCAGAAACUGCCGUCGUCAACGUAACCUAUUCCAAUAAGGAGCAAGCUAGACAAGCUUUAGACAAGCUGAAUGGGUUCCAGCUGGAGACCUUCACGCUGAGAGUGGCCUACAUCCCCGACGAGAUGGCGGCCCAGCAGAGCCCCUCCCAGCAGCCCCGAGGCCGGCGUGGGUUUGGGCAGAGGGGCUCCUCGAGGCAGGGGUCUCCAGGGUCAGUGUCCAAGCAGAAGCCGUGCGACUUGCCUCUGCGCCUGCUGGUUCCCACCCAGUUCGUUGGAGCCAUUAUAGGAAAAGAAGGUGCCACCAUUCGGAAUAUCACCAAACAGACCCAGUCUAAAAUUGAUGUCCAUCGGAAGGAGAAUGCAGGUGCCGCCGAGAAGUCAAUUACUAUCCUCUCUACCCCUGAGGGCACCUCUGCAGCUUGUAAGUCUAUUCUGGAGAUUAUGCAUAAAGAAGCUCAAGAUAUAAAAUUCACAGAAGAGAUUCCUCUGAAGAUUUUAGCCCAUAAUAAUUUUGUAGGCCGUCUCAUUGGUAAGGAAGGACGGAAUCUUAAAAAGAUUGAGCAGGACACUGACACGAAAAUCACAAUAUCUCCAUUGCAGGAGCUGACACUGUACAAUCCGGAGCGCACCAUUACGGUGAAAGGCAACGUGGAAACAUGUGCCAAAGCUGAGGAAGAGAUAAUGAAGAAAAUCAGGGAGUCUUAUGAAAACGAUAUUGCUUCCAUGAAUCUUCAGGCACAUCUAAUUCCUGGAUUAAAUCUGAACGCCUUGGGUCUGUUCCCACCCACAUCUGGGAUGCCACCUCCCACCUCAGGGCCCCCAUCAGCUAUGACUCCUCCUUACCCACAGUUUGAGCAGCAGUCCGAAACGGAGACCGUCCACCUCUUCAUCCCAGCGCUGUCUGUAGGCGCCAUCAUCGGCAAGCAAGGGCAGCACAUCAAACAGCUGUCGCGCUUCGCAGGAGCGUCUAUUAAGAUUGCUCCAGCUGAAGCACCAGAUGCUAAAGUGAGGAUGGUGAUUAUCACUGGGCCGCCAGAGGCUCAGUUCAAGGCUCAGGGAAGAAUUUAUGGAAAAAUUAAAGAAGAAAAUUUUGUUAGUCCUAAAGAAGAGGUGAAACUUGAAGCUCACAUCAGAGUGCCAUCCUUUGCUGCUGGCAGAGUUAUUGGAAAAGGAGGCAAAACGGUGAAUGAGCUCCAGAAUUUGUCAAGUGCAGAAGUUGUUGUUCCCCGUGACCAGACUCCUGAUGAGAAUGACCAAGUGGUCGUCAAAAUAACUGGUCACUUCUAUGCUUGCCAGGCAAGUGGGCUCCAGUGUGUCAGGGCAGCUCUGCAGCUGCCUUCGCAAAUGGAAGCCAUUCUCCCAUGGGUGUCUCCAUGCCAUAUAAACAUUCAAGGCUGUGUUUAAUGCUUAAUACAUUAAAUCCCCCUUUCAGCAGGUGAUUUUAGAGAUUCUGCUAGCAAACUAAUUAGUAUGUAUCUUUAAUCUUCAAAUUUUAAUUUGAAGUUAAUUUUUAAAAUGGAAGAGAGAAAAUAACUUCCUGCAAUGUUUGAUUAGGUAGAAGUUUCAAGGCCCUCUCCUUUUGCAGGUUGCCCAGAGAAAAAUUCAGGAAAUUCUGACUCAGGUAAAGCAGCAUCAACAGCAGAAAGCU